UUCGUAACCAUGCGUAUCAGGCGCCACCCAGGUUUGCCCAUUGGCGUUUCUUUCGAGACAAGGUUCCCGGGAAUCCCUUAUCAGUACCAAGCAAUGAAUAAAUCCAAGUUCUACCUAACUCAUCUACCCACCUAGGUACAGAUUAAUGGUCAACUCUAACUCCGAGCCCGUCGCUUCCCACAAACUUGUAAUUAUCUAGGCUUUAUUGGGUGUUUCAAGCCCAUCUACUUGCCACUAAACUGGCAGUCACCUUGUUUUCGGACCGUCUUAAGAGGUCUGGGUCCCUUCCGACUCUUAAUAGGGCUUGAUAAAACCAUGUAGAUUGCCUGGGUACCGGUAUCUAAUUGGGUGAUUCCCAUCCUUCAGCUCUUUCUUCAUCUCAGAUUAAUGCUACUUUAAGUUGCACAUUGCGUCGCCAAGGAAUGUUCCGUCUGUUUGAUAAAUGUACCUAAGUACGCAUAGAAUCCUCGUGGAAGGUAUCUUGUGUUUCCAAGAACUUCCUCCCACCCCCCAAUUUUUCAAAUUUCUCCCUAAUCUCUCACCUCACAUACGCAUAUUCCGAACGUAACACAAGCGGCCAUGGACGAGGCCAAAGAACAACCAAGCCCUACCACCGCCUAUCAAGGCGACGGACUUGGGAAACGAGAUUCGAUAACCGGCGAAAUCUACCACGGAGACCAUGGCGCCGACACCGAUCUGAAGCGAUCCUUGAGCACUCGCCACUUGACGAUGAUAGCCCUUGGUUCCAGUAUUGGAAUGGGUCUAUGGCUCGGAAGUGGUGAAUCUCUAGCAGAUGGCGGGCCAGCUGGUAUCUUUCUCGGAUACUGCCUCGCUGGCUCUAUGAUUUGGUGCGUUAGCCACUCCAUCGGAGAGAUGGCUUGCAUGUACCCACUCCCAUCGGCGUUCGUUCAAUGGACAGGAAAAUUCGUCGACCCUGCGGCCGCCUUUGCCCUGGGUUGGUCAUAUUGGUUCUCUUACUGUAUCACGAUCGCAAACGAAUUAUCGGCUGCCAACACUGUCAUCACAUUUUGGACAUCCGUAGUACCGGUAGCCGGGUGGAUCAGCAUCUGGCUCGUAGUCAUUGUCUUGAUCAACGUCGGCGCUGUCACGCUUUUCGGCGAAAUCGAAGUCGUUGCAAGUACGAUCAAAUUCAGCUGGAUCUUCGUGAUCAUUAUCUCUAUGAUUGUUAUGUCGGCUGGAGGCGCGGGUUACGGCCCAGUCGGUUUUCGCUAUUGGAACGAGAUGCCGUUCGCCCACGGCUUCAAGGGCUUCCUAAACGUUAUGCCGACCUGUAUCUUCGCCAUGUCCGGAUCCGAAAACUCGGGUCUAGUCGCGGCAGAGACGUCUAACCCGCGAAAAUCGAUACCACGCGCAGUCGGCUCAAUCUGGAUCCGCCUAUCGCUCUUCUACCUCAUCGGAUCGCUCAUGAUCACCAUCAACGUCGACCCCAAUAACCAAGAUCUCUUCGGGCAAUCCGGCACCAAUGCUUCUCCAUUCGUUAUCGCCUACCGCGACGCUGGCAUCCCAGCUUUAGCCCACAUAAUGAACGCUGUUAUCCUCAUCUCGGUCAUAUCAACAGGGUCCAUUUCGGGCUACGGUGGAUCGCGCACGACCAUGGGUCUAGCCUAUCUCGAUAUGGCCCCUGAUUUCAUGAAGAGAGCUGAUAAGGUGGGGCGACCUUGGUAUGGUCUGAUACCCACCUUCAUCCUAGGCGGUGGUCUCGCAUACCUCAAUGUCAGCCAGUCUGGUUCCAACGUCUUCACGUGGUUUUCUAAUCUUACCUCGUUGUUCACCUUAUUCGGGUGGGGUAUGAUAUGUCUUUCUCACAUUCGUUUCCGCCACGCUUGGGCACGAAAAGGACAUACCGCUGAGGAACUCCCCUGGAAGUCGUGGAUCUACCCCGUGGGGCCUUGGUGGGGCUUAGCCAUGUGCAUCCUGCUCAUCAUUGUGCAAUUCUAUCUUUCAGUCUGGCCCCUGGGCAAGUCGCCGAGUGCCGAAAAUUUCUUUGCGAACUACAUUUCAGUCAUCGUCAUUGUCGUCUUGUGGCUUGGUGCCAGGGCUUUCUACCGUGGGCGCUGGUGGGUUGAUCUGGAUACCGUUGAGCUUGACGAAGGCCGAAGGUUUUAUAAGGCGGAUGUGGAAGAAGCAAAGACGCCUGGAUUUAAAGGAAUGGCGAAGAGGGUUGUUGGUGCUAUUCUGAAUUAGGUGAGCCCCUUUUAUGUGUGGGCUUAUGACCGCAUGCAUAGUCGAUUGAAGAGAACCAGUCGAAAUCAAGCCUCACAACCAAUGUUUAGCAAACAAUACACUUGAUAUCCG